GCGACAGGUUGCUAAUGUCGUUGCUAAAGACGUGAAGUGACCCGGCAGAGAACAAAAAAGUGUCUUGUGUGGCAAAAGAUGGCAAAAACAUACGAUUAUCUUUUUAAAUUGUUGUUAAUUGGUGACUCAGGCGUUGGGAAAACAUGUGUUCUAUUUCGAUUUUCCGAGGACGCUUUCAAUACGACGUUUAUUUCGACGAUCGGUAUCGAUUUUAAAAUCAGGACGAUAGAUCUCGAUGGUAAAAAAAUUAAACUGCAAAUAUGGGACACAGCUGGACAGGAACGCUUCAGGACGAUUACAACAGCUUACUACAGAGGGGCAAUGGGUAUAAUGUUGGUCUACGAUAUAACGAACGAAAAAAGUUUCGAAAACAUCAAAAACUGGAUACGAAACAUCGAAGAGAACGCCUCGGCGGAUGUGGAAAAAAUGUUGUUGGGUAAUAAAUGUGAAUUGGAAGAAAAAAGACAAGUUUCAAAAGAAAGGGGCGAACAAUUGGCGAUUGAAUACGGUAUUAAAUUCAUUGAAACCAGUGCGAAAGCGAGCAUACGCGUUGAAGAGGCCUUUUUUACUUUAGCUAGAGAUAUCAAGGCGAAAAUGGAAAAGAAAUUGAAGGAGGCGAGCAAUCCCCCGAAAGGCGGCCACCAGUUGAAAGCCACAGAACCACAACGAAAGCCAACGAAUUGGCUGUCCCGAUGCACCCUGCUCUGACCAAUCGGCGGAGUUUAAACGCCCUUAUACUAAUCGUUCACAUCACAGCCUUAAAGGGAGAGUCGAUUUUUUCGUUUCUCGAGGGAUAAACGUAAGGGUGGUAGGCUUCGUUUGGUACCAGAGGUCAUCAGGUUGUGGUGUGGUGUGUAAAUAGUCGGUACGACAUGUCGUCCGGUGUUUUGUGAACUAAUCGAAGUCGUUUAAAUAAAAAUUAGGCGAAAGGGACCAACUUUUCGUUGAAAAAAUGCACAAGUAAAUAAGAUACUUUGUUACUUAUGAUUCGGUUUGAAGGCCCCGUUUUCCCUCACAAAACACCGGACGGUAUGUCAGCGACCUUGAUAAUACUUAUGUGAUUAAGGGUAAUUAUUUUUUUUACCGUUGUAUUUUUUUAGAUAAUUUAUAGGUAUAUUUAUACGUGUGCACAUUAAAUUAAAGACGAUUGUAUUCUUGAUGGCGGUUGCAGACUUUCUCAUAAAAUUAUGUCAAUUACUGUUUUCAACGGCCAUUAAGGAUAUUGUUUUAAUGAUUCUUUGUUGUGAUUGCGAUUCAUUUAUAUUUUUUAAAAGUUAGUUAUGUCUUUAUUCAUUUUUAUAGUAGAUAAAUCGAACAACCCAAUGAAAAUCAAUCCUUUUUAUUUGUGUAAUUGUGUACAUAAAUUAUUUUCGUUUUUCUUAUCCAAAGUAUUAUUGAAAAAAUUCUUUGUUAGGCGUUAUUCAAAAAGAAAAAAAAUGUAUAUCCAGUUUUGUUGCAAAAAAGAUAUUAAGGGAAGACUAGAUUUUGUACGUUUGUAUAUUUACAUUUCACAAAUUGUUUAAAAAUUAUCGCCCUCUAGAUUUAGAGAUUACACUAAGUAAAUAAAAAUGAUGGAAAUUUU